GAAAAAAAAAGUAAAAAAGCGCAGGACGUCGGUGCCUUCUUUUCUUUCUACGCAACCUCCCCUUUCCUCCCUUCCCUAGGCUGCCGCCGCCACUGCCCCAGGUCCUCCGCCGCCCGGCACCACAGUACGCCGCCUCUAUCCCCGCCCCGAGCUCCGCCGCCUCCACCACCGGCUCCUCGCUGUAGUGCCAGCACCGGCCCGAACACCAGCUUCCUCACCCCUCCCUUUCUUCCCCGAGUACGGCAGCGGAAGGAGGGCCGCGACGCCGCUGCCGAGCACGGUGUGACCACUUUCGUCUGAUCUGUCGAUUUGCCAGACUCAGGUCGACAUCGCGGCCGCUGUCCAAGGUGAGGAAGAGGAGUGCGGCGGCGAGCUCUUCGAGUCCGGGCCCUCGCUGCUCGUCUUCCUGCUCAUCAUCCAGGGCGGCGGCAUGGACCUCUCCUGCUACGGCGAGAGGCUGCUCAGCUCUGCGCGCUUCGCGCGCUCCCUCGACCUCCCCCUCCCCGGCCCCAACCCCUUCCUGCUCGAGAAGGAAAUGGAUACUGCUGUCAUUCAGAAGGACUUGGGCCUUCCAGUUGGAGAAGCAAUAUUCGGGAAAACAAUACUUAUCCUGGGGUUCGGAGCCAUUGGCAUGGAAAUUGCCAAGAGACUAAGACCAUUUGGAGUGAAAAUUCUUGCUACAAAAAGAAACUGGUCAUCAAAUACAGUGUCUUGUGAUCUUGAUGGGCUGGUUGACAAGAAAGGUGGUCCAGAAGAUAUGUACGAACUCGUUCGAGAAGCUGACAUAGUUAUAACUUGCAUGACGUUAAACAAUGAAUCAGUUGGGAUUGUGGAUCACAAGUUCCUGUCAGCUUUGAAAAAGGGAUCAUAUCUCAUCAAUAUUGCCAGAGGGCGCCUACUGGACUAUAUGGCUGUGUUUAAUCACCUUGAGUCAGGUCAUUUAGGUGGUUUAGGCAUUGAUGUUGCUUGGACGGAGCCAUUCGAUCAAGAGGAUCCAAUUCUGAAAUUCCCAAAUGUUAUUAUAACACCACAUGUUGCAGGAAUCACAGAGUUGGUUUGCACUUGUUUCUUUGCAAUACACAGAGUUGUUGGUGAUGUUGCCCUCAAGCUUCACGCGGGGGAGCCAUUCACCGAAAUAGAAUUUGUGAACUAGGCAAACUGAGUAGAUGGUGGCAUUGUUGAUUUAAUUUAAGACGUUCCAGUUUGAAGCGGACACCGUCGUCGUCCCUUAGAUUCCCUCCUCCACCGCAGAUCGACUCCAGUUGCGUCGACUCCCGCCGCCGCCGGGGUAUACUCCGCCAAGAUCGCGCCACCACCGCUGCCGCCACUGGCAUAAACCACUACACAACAUUAUAUGCUAGGAACGACGGGAUGCACGUCAGAAAAGUUGUCAUGAAUGAUGCUUCAACGGAUGCUGCAGUCAUCUCAUCUCCGUCAGUCAUGAUGAAAAAACAUAUGAUAAUCCCCAUAAUCCAGUGUCAAUAUUACUGAUUUCUCCAUGUGCUAUGCAGCUUACAGGCAUGGAAAGAGAAUAGGAAAAACGAUAUACUUGCAGCUUCAGGUUUUCUCUAAACUUUUGUUUGCUAUCUUACUUAAUCACAUGUUCAAUUGAUAAUACACAAAUAUUUGUCUACUUUCAGGCAGCAUUGAGUUUGCUGCACAUAGUUAGUUCCCUAGGGAAUGUUCAGUCUGGUGAAACAUGUUAAGAAGAAGUAUGGAAAUCUGCCUGUGUUCAUUACUAAGAAUGGCAUGAUAGGUUGAAAUAUGUCUUCAAGAUGAUAAGAGGAUACAGUACCACAACGAAUACAUGUUAGAUGCUAUAAGGUGAUUUCAUUUCUCUGUGCAUAUGCUAGAACUGAACCACCAACACUGAGCAUCAUCAAUGUGUGCCACUGUAAUCGCUGACCAGAUUGGUACUUAAGUGCUCGAUAUGCAGCCUGAACUACUGCAGUUAGAAUGGAGUUGUUUUAAAUACUAGACUAUCUACAGGACUGAGCGCUACAGGUGCAGAGGAUAGUUCUUUCGAUUAAUUGUCGUGUUGAGGCAAGUGCACAGCGGACCUUUUCUCCAUAUACUUGACUGUGUUGUUGACGCAGGUCUAUGAAAAUAAGUUGAGUAGUCUGACUAGAGGAUGACAGAGGACGUCGAGAUUUUGAUCCAGCAGCCUUGCCCCCUUUCGUACGGCGUGCCGCCUGCAGGAGGUUACGUUCUAGAUCUUCAGAAUUUUUAGGUACUCACUCUCCCUUGAUGCUCUUUGAUCGAACCUACUUUGCAGGAAAGCGUGCCAGUAGUAAGAAGUUUUAGCAAGUCUGUUAUUGAAAGUGCUGUAGGCACUGAUGUGAUCCGAGGUGACCAACCUGAGCAGCAGUUUAGUGAAGGAAAUCUACUUGCCCCUUCAAGCUAUGAAUAUUUUAGAGUAUAUUUUAAGGUUGUAAAGACUGAUGUGUCGGCUAAAGCUUAAAGAUCAUAAAUUCAUUGUUUACCCUACCAAGUUUAUUUCUCAUUGAAGAUUAUUCUAGAAACUAUAUUAUAAGCCCAUUGCUACUUUUUACAUGUAACUUAUGGUAUAUCCUCAUAUAUGUCAAGACUAUAAAACAAGUGUCUUCGUCCUGCUCA